UAUAUCUUAUCAAUCCAAUCUUUGAAAAAUAAAAUUAUGCAGGGUUUGGCGACUUCUACCGAUCGUAUCUCGCUUUCAUUCCUCGGUCCCAGGAAUCAGAGUAAAACACACACGAAACCAACGAGAGUGUGUUUCUCCAAUGAUGGUUCAUUCCCAAAAUCCAGAAUCUCGAGACAGAUUCUUCCUCUUCUAGCAAAUGACUUUGCAUCUUCAUUAUCGUUUGCCUAUGACCGAAGACUACCACGGCGUGUGACAGCAUCUGCAGACGAUAACUCAUCAAUCACCACAGUAGCAGAAAACAGAUUGCAAAACAGGUUGUUCAUGGUGUAUUGCUGCUUAGGGUUCAUGUGGAUGGUGAAGAACGAAUCUUUGCCUCGCUACUUUAGGUUUCACAUGACUAUGGGAUUGCUUCUAGAUGCAUUGGAAUACUUGCCUUGGAUUAACAUCAAUGGAAAGUUAAUUAGGAUGUAUUACACGAUGCUGGUCAUGGGGCUUAGUUUCACACACCUCCUUAUUGACUUUGUAUAUUGGUGGUUUCUGCCCAUACUCGUCUGCAUUGCCGUUGUUGUGGCAAUAAUAUUUACAGAACUUUUUACGUUAUUAGGAUUCUCGUGAUGGUUAUUAUACGAU